AUGGGCUGGAUAUUUGGAACCUACAGCCUCGUGCUGCUGGCGUUAUCCCUUCCCCCGGCCUCCCUUGCCAAUCCCAUCCACACCGCCAGUCCAGUGGUCGACCUGGGAUACGCCAAAUACCAAGGCGUCUACAAUGGCGCUUAUGGUACCAAUAUAUUCAAAGGAAUUCGAUAUGCCGCCCCGCCUGUAGGAAAGCUACGUUGGCAAGCUCCCCAGCCACCAUCAGUGAACAGGACAGCCGUCUUAUCAGCAACGAAGCAACCACCUCUUUGUCCUCAGUCAGGAGCGGCAGAACUACCAGAAGUCUAUGGCUUCAAUUCAGCGUUGGGAGACGAGGACUGUCUGUUCCUGAACGUGUUCGCCCCUGCAGGGGCAAAAGAUCUGCCUAUCCUUGUAUGGAUUCACGGCGGUGGUUACGGGCUUUUCGGCGCGACCUAUGAUCCUAGUGACUGGAUGAAGACCAAUGACAAUGGCUUCAUCUCCGUCAUGAUUCAAUAUCGACUGGGAGCCUUUGGCUUCUUGUCAUCUGAGGCCGUGCACACAUAUGGUAAGACCAAUGCUGGUCUUUUGGAUAUGCGGUUUGCCCUGGAAUGGGUGCAGCAGCAUAUAGCAAAGUUCGGUGGAGAUCCAUCUCGUGUGACCAUCGGAGGCGAGUCUUCAGGCGCUGGAGCUGCGAUGCUGCAGGCUAUGGCGUAUGGUGGAAGAGAAGAUGGGCUAUUCAACAAUAUUAUUGCUGCGAGUCCAUACACUGCGACGCAGUUCGAGUAUAACGACAAGAUCCCGACGAUGCACUAUCGCGACUUCGCAGCACGAGCGGGAUGUUAUGAAGAAACGAGCUCAAAUGACCCGUCUACCUUUGACUGUUUAGUCCGCACAGACACAGAGACACUCCAAUAUGCCAGCGGCAAGGUUUCCACAUCAGGUGCAUGGGGUACCUGGGCUUUUUUGCCUGUCACAGAUGGAGAAUUCGUUCAGGACCUUCCAUCAAAACAACUGCCGGAGAAGAAAGUCAGUGGCAAGCGGAUUCUGUCUGGAAAUAACGCCAAUGAUGGUGUCCCCUUGAGUCCUCCAACUUUGAACACUACGGCCACCUUUAUACAAUACUUCAAAUCGACAUUUCCCCGAUUGACGCCCGCAGAUUUUGCUGAACUCCUCCAAAUAUACAAAGUACCAUCAUCAUCUCCCGAAUCAACUGGCCCUCUUUACGACACACUCGGCAACAGUGGCCCAACAGCCCUCAAUCAAUCCGAAUUCGCAACAGGCCUCCAACAAACCGCCUUCAACAUCUUUGCCGAAACAGCUUUUGACUGUCCCUCACAUUGGCUAGCAGAUGCUUUUUCUUCCGGAGCUAAUGAAGAGCCCAACGAUGAGAAAGAAAGCUGGAAGUAUCAGUACUCAGUGACACCAGCAUACCACGGGGCCGAUCUAACAUCCUAUUUCUCCGUGGGAGCAUCUGUGCCAAAUGCCGGCUUUAGAGAUGCAUUCCAACGCAUACUGGGGAAUUUUAUCAUAAAUGAUACACCCGUUAUAUCCAUUAGCGAUGCCAAAGCUGGAAUGGCUAAUGCCACCGUUCCCGAGGGCACAGAUGGUGAUAUUGAUUGGCCGCGGUGGAAAGAGGACUCGCCUGUGCUGAUGAAUUUGAAUACGACGGGUGGAAAUUUGGUUAGGCAAACGGUGACUGAUCAUCUGUCAUAUUGGCUUAGAGAAGGAUCAGGAAUUACGAAUGAGUUUGGGCUGGCAGAUGCUAGGGCGUGGGAGGGUGGUCGUGGGGAGAGGUGCAAGUUUUGGCAAAAAGUGGGAUCGCGAGUGCCACAGUAG